GUGGUCCGACUGACCGAGGCCGACAAGAGCAUCCUCGUCACUGGCGAGGUCGCCACAGACGGCGCCCUGAAGGGGCGAUGGCGCUGGAUGGGCAGAACGGGAUGGGGCGCGCAGCAAGUGGCGCUGACCGAAGAGGCCGCCAAUGGGUGCACGUGCGCUGCCCGUCCGAACGCGGAAGUACGGCGACGCAUCCGGUUCAAGCUUGAGGACAUCGGCCUCGGGCCCGACGGCAUCGAGUUCGGCAAGGUGAAGGCCCACAGGACGGACGCGCAGCUGCAGGGCGCGUCAGCUGCGGAGCGCCUGAUGGCCAUAGCCAAUCGCGGGGCUGACGCCUGGGUAGGCGAAGGCGCAGCCAGCGGAGGCAACGAGCCGUUGGCCUACGUCCAGAAGGCUUGCAAGGAGACGGCCGCCCAGGUCCGCUUCGCCUUGAACUUCCAAGCCGAGCUCGCAGAGCGCGUGAUCAGCACACAGGAAGAGUGGCCGGACAUGCAGCCGCCGCCGCCGCGAGGCUCGCAGGCCCCGCGCAUCGGCUUGCAGCUGGUCGUGGAGGAGGGUCGCCGCCACGAGCCUUCGAGGAGGGGCAAGGGGGGCUGGGUAUGCCAACGUUGCGGCAAGCGCGGCGCGAGUCACCAGGCCCUCACCGACGCGCGGUGUGAGGGGCACGCCGCAGCCCGGCUGCCAGUGAGGCUUGAGCCGCGGGUAAUCACGGCGCACGGCCACCACCUCUGGCCAUGUGUCGAAGGAUUGGUACAUAUCCUGUCUGCGUGCCGGCCGUGCGCCGAGGGCACGUUGCAGUGA